AUGAAGUUAUCAACUGUUGCUAUUGGAUUAGCUUCCACUGUUGCUUUAGCCUCUGCUGCUGAAGAAGAAACCAGAGAAGUCGUCACUGUUACUGUUACUGGUACUACCCAAACCCACGUAUGGGGAAAAUUCAACCACACUCCAAGACCUCAAACCACUGAAACUCGUCAAUGGGGUAGAUUUGAUCACACUCCAAGAUCCGAAACUACUGAAACUCGUCAAUGGGGUAGAUUCGACCACACUCCAAGAUCUGAAACCACUGAAACUCGUCAAUGGGGAAGAUUCGACCACACCCCAAGACCACAAACUACUGAAACUCGUCAAUGGGGAAGAUUCGACCAUACCCCAAGAUCUGAAACUACUGAAACUCGUCAAUGGGGUAGAUUCGACCACACCAAACCACCAUUAACUACCACAGUUUUCGUUCAACCAACCGAUGCAGUUGAACUUCAUAGAAGAGAAACCAACGUUACUAAUGGAACUACCAACACCACAACCAGUCAUGCCGGAGGUAUGAUCAACAGUUACAACAUGGGUGCCGCCGGUGUUCUUGCUGCCGGUAUUGCUUUACUUAUUUAA